GUCCCAGCAGCGGCUUGCGGGUUAAGGCUGCUUGCAAGAGCUGGUCAGUGACUCUAGUGUGGAGCUGCCGGGGGCAUGGGACGUGGAGGCCCGAGUCCUCCUCACACUUCCUCAUGAGUUUCCUGAUAGACUCCAGCAUCAUGAUCACCUCCCAGAUACUUUUUUUUGGAUUUGGAUGGCUUUUCUUCAUGCGCCAAUUGUUUAAGGACUAUGAGGUGCGUCAAUACAUUGUACAGGUGAUCUUCUCGGUGACUUUUGCAUUUUCUUGCACCAUGUUUGAGCUUAUCAUCUUUGAAAUCUUGGGAGUACUGAACAGCAGCUCCCGUUAUUUUCACUGGAAAAUGAACCUGUGUGUCAUUCUGCUCAUCCUGGUUUUCAUGGUGCCUUUUUACAUUGGCUAUUUUAUUGUGAGCAACAUCCAACUUUUACAUAAACAGAGACUGCUUUUUUCCUGUCUCUUAUGGUUGACCUUCAUGUAUUUCUUCUGGAAACUGGGAGAUCCAUUUCCCAUUCUUAGCCCAAACUG